GAUUGGCGGCUGUGGGGAGCUCUCUCUCUCUCUCUCUCUCUCUCUCUCUCUCUCAGUUUCUUCAGUCUCUCUGGGGGAGUGGAGGUGAAGCUUGUUCUGCUGCUGAGUUGAACGGACUGUGUGCAGGUCAGAGGGAGAUGGACAGCUGUGUGGGUCUCAUUUUUCUGUCCUCCACAAUCUCACUCAGCACAGCUGUCAGUGUGAGGUUGGUGGAUGGUGGCAGUCGCUGUGCUGGGAGAGUGGAGGUUAAUGAUGGAGGACAGUGGAAAGGAGUGUGUAGUGUUCAGUGGGAUAUGACUGAUGCUGCAGUGGUGUGUAAAGAGCUGGGCUGUAUGAACGCUCUACGCACUGUGAGUUUUGGAUCAGGAUCAGGAUCAGUGAUGAUGGGGUAUGCAAACUGUAGAUCAGAGUCUUCACUGAAGAACUGUUUUGUUGGUACGUCUUAUCGUUUUUGUGAUGCAGCAGAUGCCGGAGUCAUCUGUUCAGGUAAGUUACUUACUGAUGGUUUCCACCUGUGCUCUGGGAGAGUGGAGGUACUUAAUGGAGAGACCUCGUCCACAGUGUGUGAUGCUGACUUUGGCCAGCAGAACGCAGAGGUUGUGUGUCGAGAGCUGGGCUGUGGGCUUCCUGUGGAGGUGCUGAGAGCAGCUGCUUUUGGCAGAGGGGAGGGUCAGGUGUGGUCAGAGGAGCUUCAGUGUAGAGGCAGUGAAUCUCAGAUUUACUCCUGUCCAACUUCAUCUACACUCAAACACAACUGCUCCCAUGCCAGUGAUGUGGGUCUGGUGUGUUCUGGUCACACAGGGGCUCAACUGGUGGACAGCUCUGACUCCUGUUCAGGUCGAGUGGAGCUCCAGUACCUCAGUGAGUGGGGCACAGUGUGUGAUGUAAGCUGGAAUAUGAGAGCUGCCAGUGUCCUCUGUGGUCAGCUGAAGUGUGGGAGUGCUGUGGCUGUGUUGGGGUCAGACUGGUUUGGGGAGGGGAGUGGCCGGAUCUGGGCUGAUGUGUUUGAUUGUCAGGGGAACGAAACACACCUGUCAAAAUGCCCCAUUUCAUCAUGGAGUCAAACUGCAUGCUUUCAUAAACAGGAUGCUGGAGUCAUCUGCAGUGGUGAGCAGCUGUUAAUGUAUUUUGGGCGAGUGCGGUUGUCUGGAGGGAUGGAGUGUGAGGGGGAGGUGGAGGUUUACUUCAUGCAGAACUGGAGGAGAAUUCUGCUGGACUCCUGGAGUGAGUCUGAGGCCUCUGUGGUCUGCAGACAGCUGGGCUGUGGCUCUGUGUUCAACUUCUCCAGCUCCUCUACAUCCAGUCCUGAACACAGACACAUGUGUGUGACGGGUUUCAAUUGUUCUGGGAGUGAAGCUCAUCUGGGGAACUGCAGCAGCGCACAAGCAGUCAACUGCAGCUCCAGAGAACAGCUCUCAAUCACCUGCUCUGGUAAGUUUAAUUCAGCUCACAGCUCCAUCAGGCUGGUUGGCUCUGGGGGAGACUGUGCAGGAAGGCUGGAGGUUUUCCACAGCGGCUCAUGGGGGACAGUGUGUGAUGACCUGUGGGAUAUUAAGGAUGCGCAGGUGGUCUGCAGACAGCUGCAGUGUGGAGUGGCCCUCAGUGCUCCGGUACCAGCCUGGUUUGGUCCUGGAGCUGGACCUAUAUUGCUGAAUAAGGUGGAGUGUGAGGGGAACGAGACGUCCCUGUGGAACUGUAGAUCUCAGCUGUGUGGAGAGGAUGAAUGUGAACACAUGGAGGAUGUAGGAGUUGUGUGCUCAGAAUUUAAAGAGAUAAGACUCACUGAGGACUGUGAGGGGAAUCUGGAAGUGUUCUACAAUGGAACCUGGGGUAAUGUGUGUUUUAAUGAAAUGUCUGACGAUACAGCAAGUGUGGUCUGUCGAGAGCUGAACUGUGGAAGAUCUGGCAGUGUGUCCUGGGGCAGAACAAGAGUGGAAUCAGCUCCUAAUUGGCUGGAUGGUGUGAAAUGUAGGAAACAUGACUCCACUCUGUGGCAUUGUCCAUCUUCUCUCUGGGGACAAAACAACUGCGAUAAAAACAGCGAGGUGGCUCGCGUUACCUGCUCAGGUAAGCAGUUCCUCUCUAUAGAUUAUAGUGCUUAUAUACCUGAGACUAUCAUUAUGGGUGAUGUGUGUGAUGUAGAGCACCUGCCUCUCAGGCUGAAGGGAGGAAAAGGAAGCUGCUCUGGGAGAUUGGAGGUGUAUCAUAAUAAAAUUUGGGGCUCCGUCUGUGAUGAUCUGUGGGACAUCCGGGAUGCUCAGGUGGUCUGCAGGCAGCUAGGCUGUGGGCCGGCGCUGAGUGCUGAUAGGAGUGCUGUCUUUGGUGCUGGUGAAGGGCCUAUCUGGCUGAACAGAGUGAAGUGUAGAGGGAAUGAGAUUCACCUGUGGGACUGUCCUCAUUCCCUGAAGAAACACACUGACUGUUCCCACAGUCAGGACGCUGGAGUCACCUGUACAGACAUAUCUGUGCCUUCUACUACCACACCCAUAAGUACAUCCACUGCCUCCACCACCACAGUUGGUCAGUCAAAGACAACAACAACUCUAUCGCCAUCUGUUCUGUUCAUCUAUCAAGUGUCUCUCCUGGUUCUGGGAGUGGUGCUCUUCCUGGCCUUAGUGCUUCUGGUUGUGCUGUUUUACCAGAACAGAGUGCUCAGGAGAGUGCUCUCUAAGAGGAGGCGUAAGACUCUGACUGAGGCAGUCUAUGAGGAGAUCGACCGCAGAUACAUCACUAAAAGAAAGGACUUGACUCAAAGAGGAAGUAUCCUCUCUGAAGAACAGCAUUCAGGAUAUGAGGAUGUGGGUGAGGAGCUAUUCUCAGGAAGUAUCCUAUCUGAAGAACAGCAUUCAGGAUAUGAGGAUGUGGAUGAGGAGCUUCUCUCAGCAAAGUCUCUGAAAGGAGUAAAGGCAGAAUAUUAUGAUGAUGUCACCACCAAUGGUCUGAUAAGUGAAUCAGCGAAAGACGACACAGCAGAGAGCUAUGAUGAUGUCAUCACUGCUGGACAGAUCUCUGAUAGUGUAUCAGAUGUAGCAGAGAAUUAUGAUGAUGUCAUCACUGCUGAUCAGAGCUCAGCUGUUGCAACAGAAGACAUGCCAGAUAACUAUGAUGAUGCUGUUACUGCUGGAUCAAACUCCAACAUUAUGACAGUGGACACACCAGAGAACUAUGAUGAUGUCAUCACAGCUGGGCAGGAUGUAGAAGAGGUAAAAGAUUAUGAUGAUGUGAAGGAGGAGCCUCAGAAAGAGAUGAAUCAUGUGACUGAAAGUUCACAGCCAGUGUCUUUACUCAGGAAACUACAUUCAAACCUCUUCAGACGCAAGAAAUGACAUUAUUAUAGAUCAACAUUCAGAAUAUUUUAUGGAGCAUAAAAUCAGUUUAUUAUAGCUUUACACAUCUAAACAGGAUAAAGUUACUUAAACAAAUAUAAUUUUUUCAGCAUUUUAUUUGAGUGUCACUAGUCUUAGCUGGAAAUAUUUACUGAAACAUCUCAUCUACUUAAGUUG